AGGGAGAAAAACAAAUUUGUAUUUGGCUGGGAGGACGAUUCAGAACAACUGAAAAUUCCGCAGAUUCGCCAUUUUUUGUUUGUUUCAAGCUUCGACGGCAUCGAAUCACACCUCACACGAGGGGGCUAUUGGCUGCUUUGAAUCGGUGGUGAGAUGGUAGAUGGGGAUCACAGUUUCUGGGGCCAUUUGCCGCUAUUGGUUCGAGCCAACUCCAAGGAAUCCGUGGAAUACAUACUGCAAGCUCUUUGGCGUACACGCCGCACUGGCCUCGACGCCGCCGACCGGCAAAUCUUCCGCGAUAUUCUUCAGCUUCCUAACGAUUCAGACCUCGACCCUCUGUUAGUGUGCCUGCGUGUAUUGAUCCGCAAGUGCGUUUAUGACAACAUUAACAAAGACGAGAUUCAGAAACUCUUUCCAGCCGAAGUCCUGCCUGAAUUGCAAAGGCUUCUAACACUUUUGCUGCAAAAGUUUCAAAAGGAAUGGCGCGAGGAUAUAUCCAAAGAUAAGGUCAUCUUACCUCGUUUAAAGUCAAUGACAUGGAGCAUGGCGAACCAAAGCGAGGAACAAUCAGACCCUAGGGCAGUAAUCAACUUGAAGCUUCACAGCGACGUGCAGCCUAACAUGGGCAGCGAAAGGGAUGUCAAGUUCCAGUUGGCGAAAGAUACCAUGGAAAUGAUGCUGAAGUCGAUGUAUUCGAUAAGAGACCAGCUAUCCAAGCCUGAAGAAACACAUGACAGGGCGCCACAGAUUGCUCAAAACUCAGAUGCUGUUUAGCCUGCUGUAGCUAACGUCAUGUACGUGGUUUUGACUUUUCACUAGAGCGCUCGAAGUUGGUACAACUUCUAGAUAUAUACUACAUUUGCUUCAUUAUUUAUUUAUUUUUUUUUAAGAAAAAAAAAUGGUGUUCACAACAAAAAUUAUUGGUAUACUGGAUUUUUCAAUAUGUUAUUGGUAUAAAAUUUGGCAUAAUGAAAAUAAAUUUGUUAGUAUGUCAUACCCAAUUAUUUCUCGGGCUUCGGGUCAAAUGUUGAUGGAUAGAUUUAAUUCAGCGUAGCUUUUGAUUAAAUAAAGACAAUUAUGUCAAAUUUAUAUUCUCUUCAUCUAUUAAAAUUAAUUUAUUUGAGCUUGGCAUGAGAAUUAAGAAAAAUAAAUAAUUUUAUUAAAAAAGUAAUAGAUAGUUGGAGGAUAUUUUUGAAAUUUUAGUUAAAAAAGUAAAGUAAAUGAAGAGAGAUAAGGUAAUAAAGUUAAUAAUAUUUUGCUGUAAAUAAGUGUUGAAUGAAUGAUAAUAAUUAAAUAUUGACUUUGUCAAAAUUAAUAAUGGAUAAAAUUUAGUAGAUAGAGAGAAUAUCUUUAUUUUGAAUCAAUGGUGUGUGAAAAAUGGUCGUAGAUGCGAUAUAUUUAUGUAGAGAGUAAAUUGUGUAUAAUUAGAUUUUUGUAAUUUUAGUAAUAUAUUGUAAUUUUUGUAUAUUUAUAAUAAGUAUAUUGCAAUAAAAUAAAAUAGAAGAUGAAAAAUCAAGAAAAAAUUUAAAACUAAAUUUUAAAAUUGUAAACAAUUAAUUUAUUACU